UUCGCCGCCUAACCCAACGCUGCAGCCUUGCCAGUUUUGCAAGAUAAUACAACAAAAUGGUGAUAUAAUUACGUAACACAGCUAUAAAUCGAAUAAAUCCAUAGUGGCAUGAAUCAACGCCGUGCAGCAACGCAAUGAUAGCACGAAAUCAUGGCUGCUGUUGAAAGGAAACAGCUCGACUUGGCUCCCCUGCGAGAUGCCAAGCUGCCAGUCAUCUUCGUCUUGGGUGGCCCCGGAUGCGGUAAGGGCACGCAAUGUGAGAAGAUCGUCAAGCAAUAUGGAUUCACUCAUCUCUCAUCUGGCGACCUGUUGCGAGAUGAGGUCAGCUCAGGGUCGGAGCGCGGCAAGGCCCUCAACGCUAUCAUGGAGAAGGGUGAUCUCGUCCCCCUCGAAGUGGUGUUGGACCUGCUGGCGGAGGCUAUGCUGAAGCGCGUGUCUACCUCAAAGGGUUUCCUCAUUGAUGGGUACCCUCGCGAACAGGCCCAGGGCGUCCAGUUUGAACAAAACAUCCUGCCGUGCACCAAGGUCUUAUACUUCGAAGUCCCAGACGAGGUGAUGGUACAGCGUCUCCUGCACCGUGCCAAGACCUCUGGGCGCGUGGAUGACAACGAGGAGACCAUCAAGAAACGCCUGGCCACCUUCCACAAGCACUCCGAGCCUGUCAUCGAAUACUAUAAGGACAAGUGCAGCACCAUAGUCGCCCUUGCCUCUCCCGAUGAAGUGUUCGCGGAGGUUAAGAAGUCACUCGACGCAAUCUAAAUAAGCGUACGGUGUAGCUUGUCCCGGUUUACCGACGCGAAGAUGGUUAAAGGAAAACGCAUACCGGUUGAAUUCGAGGCAUAAUGGUUGAAUUAGUGAAAUGGGAAGGAUGGCGGUCAGUGUGAUAUGGCUGUGUGUGUGUAUGUGUGUGUGUGUGUGAGAGAGAGAGAGAGAGAGAGAGAGAGAGAGAGAGAGAGAGAGAGAGAGAGAGAGAGAGAGAGAGUUUGUAUAGAUGAUACUCGCAUCUCAGACGCUGAAUAAAAGGAAGGAGCGGGAAUACGUAGAACAAACUGCGUACUUGUGAUAUUCGAGAAUGUUGGUUAUGCCUUUCAACUUUCUUUCCUUUGAAUAAUAAUAAUAAUGAUAAUAACCCACGUAUGAAUCUUUCUCAACAUUUUUUUUCCCGGAUGAUUUCUGUUUUCUCAAGAAUCUUUGGUGAAUCGAGUACAGGAAGGAAGAACAAACAGCUAUAGACCUGUUGGCCUUCACGAAGCUGUUUGAGGUGAUGAACUGUCUCUUAUAAUAAGUGCUUGAUUCCUCACAAAGUCGCGGCCUUCACCUUUACUACUUAAUGAAACCACAUGCUCUGAUUGGACGUCCUCUCAGUCACGUGGGUAUGACGUCACGGUUAGUAAGAGUCCGAUAUAUCAAGAAUCACUCAUCGGUGCUCUUUUUUUUAUAUAUAUUUUUUUUUUAUUUAUUAUUCUUUUCGUGUAGUGCAUAGAUUCGACGGUUUCGCCGUUAUUUAUUGUUGGAAGUCUUCCGUGAACACACACACACAACAUACACACACACACACACACAUACACACACACACACACACUAUGCAAAUAAUACAUACAGUCGAUCGCAUACACAUGAAAAGACAAAGAAUAGCUUCCUAACUUCCACCUUUCUCCUCCCCCCCCCUCUCUCUCUCUCUCUCUCUCUCUCUCUCUCUCUCUCUCUCUCUCUCUCUCUCUCUCUCUCUCUCUCUCUCUCUCCCAGCGUAUCGUUAUUUCGUAACUCGGCUCGUUAAUAUUACUCUAAAUAUUUUACGACACUCAAAUAAAAAUGACGAUACUCCUGC